UGUUUCACCUUAUUCGUAAAAGAUUUGUGUUACAUAAACUGAGGAUGUUGCAAAAUAAUGGAGCUUCCAAUCCCCCAAGAAAUAGAAAUAGAUGAGAGAGAGUUACAGACAGAGAUGGGCGUAUGAAAACCACAAGUUCCAAAUCUCAAACAAUAUCCAUUUAUAAAUGUUGAUAUGAUAUAUGAUUUAACCAAAAACAUAAGAAACAAAUGUUGUAGAAAAGAAACAAGAAAUGCUGCUCCACAAUCGAAUCCCCAUCACACCUCCUCUACCCCUCAGAAAGCCCAUCCACCACCACCGCAACGCAGCCGUCUCGGCCACGGCUAGCUUCUCAGUCUCCGACGAGUCUCUCUCCUCCCGAGGCUUCACUUUCCACCGCACCAUCGACAACCUCAACCUCGACCACCUCAAUUCCGUUUUCGCGGCAGUCGGGUUCCCUCGCCGCGACCCGGAAAAGAUUCGAGUAGCUCUUGAGCACACCGACGCGCUACUGUGGAUAGAGUACGAGAAAACAAGGAAGCCCGUCGCGUUUGCUAGAGCUACAGGCGAUGGAGUGUUUAACGCGAUAAUAUGGGACGUGGUGGUGGACCCCACUUUCCAGGGGAUUGGACUGGGCAAGGCUGUGAUGGAGAGAUUGGUCACUGAGCUGUUGGAGAAGGGGAUCAAUAACAUUGCAUUAUAUUCGGAGCCCCGGGUGCUGGGGUUCUACAGGCCCUUGGGGUUUGUGGCCGACCCGGAUGGCAUUAGAGGCAUGGUCUACUCCAGGAAGCAGAAAAACAAAAAAUAAUAACGAAACUUACUGUAAAUUUUUCAUUUUUGUUUCCCAUAAUUGAUAAAAAGAAGAAAUUCAUUCUUUUAUUUGCUGCUUUUUCUCAACACAUUUUUGUUUUCUCCAUCCUCGGUCACAUUAUCUUAGCGAAUGCAAUAACAUUUACUUCAUACGUUGAAAAAAAGUUAAUAUUACUCCGAGGUUUCGGAGGUAAAAGCAAUGCAACAACGUUGGUACAUGUUGAAUUCUACAAACUUAGAACAAGAUAACCAGAUACAAUAUCUUAUCUUUGCUAUGUAGAUAGCAUCACCUUGGCAGUUGGCAGAAUGUGCACUCUCCAACAAUAUGUAUUCAGGA